AUGGUAAACGCAUUCCCUGCGAGGGAGCGAGUAUUCAUCACGAAGUUGACAGAGGAUCUGCACCUGAGUGAGACUUGGGACGAGUUUGAUGAGGAGGACAGGAAUUUGGUGACGUGGCGGUUUCCGAGAGCACUGGAAGAGGAGCCUGAGACGGGCGAGCAGAAGGAGCAUAGUGAGUGGGAAGACGAGGAUGAAGUUGAAGACGAGGAGAGCAAAGCGGCCGUUGAUCGUGUGCUGAAGAAGUAUGAGAAGGCGCCUGUUGAGGAUGUCGAUGCUGAUGGGACCUUUGAGGAGCGGUAUGAACGGUUUGUGAAAGAGAAGAUGGACGAGUGGAAGCGGGGUUAUUACAAGGUUGGGAUCCUUUUGCUGCUCCUGAAGUGA